AUGAGUAUUUUGAAAAAAAAAUUGUUUGAGAACUUAGUGGUAGCAAAUGUUGUUGAUUCUCGUGCUGGAUUAGCUACAAUCUCUGAUGACGGCAGCUUGAUACUAGUUCAGCUUACUCUCGAUUUUAAGCCUAAUAUACCUCAGGAGGCAGAACGUGUAGUUCAGUGUAAUGGUCGGGUUUUCUGUUUAGAUGAUGAGCGCGUUCACCGAGUGUGGCUGCCGAAUGAAGAGUCACCUGGACUUGCCAUGUCUAGAGCUUUUGGUGACUACUGUUUAAAGGAUUUUGGACUCAUUUCUGUGCCUCAAGUGACUCGAAGACAGAUUACUGUCAGAGACCAGUUCAUUGUGCUUGCAAGUGAUGGGGUACGUAUAAUUUGUAUUUAGUUCUCUGUUUAAAAAAUAAUUACCUUUUCGCGAUACAUUGCAUUCUAUCAUUUAAU